GUUCCAUCCCAGAGGCCUGUGCAACGAUUACGAUGACGAUGAAACGGAAUUUGGAACGGUUGCAGUGGUCAACCUGGAGUCUUCCUACAUUGAUCCUCAUCCAUGCCUCUCUGUGUAUGACAAGGCCAAAAGAGCAAUACAUCGUGGCGCCACAGCAGUCAUCUUUGUGGUGUCGGACAGCCCUUCAGCCAUUUCACAGUUGGAAGCAGAGAAGUCUGCUCCGUUGGAUCGUCCUAUCGUAUUAUUGACCGGUCAAGAUGCCCAUAAGCUGAUGGAGAUAGUCAACCAGGUGGAGGAGGCCUGGGCUAGGAUACAACCCCCUCCUCAACUCAACCCAGACCCGAGUUCCAACGAGUUCUUCGACAUGGGCAUCUUUGUGGCAUUCUUCAUCCUCAUCUCCAUCAUAUGUCUGCUUCUUGUUCUCAAGUUGAGAUGGAGACAGAAGAGAAAACAGUCCUCCCAAGCCAGGCAAGCCAUGAACGCACUCUCCAAGAUGGAGGUCAGGAAGUACUGUCGUAACCACGAGCCGCGGUACUCGCAGAAGAUCCUACCCGAUGACCGUUGGGCUACCACGCUCAGUAUAGCAUCGGACGGUACCAUCUGUGCUAUAUGUCUAGAAGAGUUUCGAGAAGGAGAGGAAGUCAGGAUAGUACCGUGUGCACAUGAGUUUCAUAAACACUGCGUGGAUCCGUGGUUGCUGUCAAACCGAACCUGUCCUCUGUGUAUGUUUAAUAUAUUAGAUUGUGGACUUGAUGGAAAAAGUUCUGAGGCUUCCCCAUCAGGUCAUGUCAGUCCCGUUGAUCAACAACUUCGAGUCAGCUUGCCAAAUUCACCCACAAGAGAUGCAUCCUGGGAAGGCGUGUACGCCGCACCCCCAAACCACCAUCACCACCGAACAUCAUCAUCAUCGCAUCACCACCACCACCACCAUCAUAAACAUUCCAAAAGCCGCUGUCCACAGUCGAUGUCCAAGCGGGAUCACCGGUCAGCGGCAGUGAGUGGUUCCAACGUCCGGGAGGGUGUGCCGCGCCUCCCGUCCACCUCUCAAAGCCAGCUGGAGAGGUGGUUUGGGCGUGGCCCGUUAACGUGGCAGUCAAACUGUGAAUAUGUGUGCUCUCAUUGCCAUAGACAUAUCAACUGUAACGGUCAGUACAACUCCCGGUGCGUCACACCACGCCAGCUUGGUCUAGCUUCGUUUGAAAGCCACUAUGUGGUGAAUUCAUCGUACGUCCCUUGGAGUGGUGGUGGUGGUGGUAGUGGUGGUGGGGUUAAUUGCUCACGUGGUGCUAGCGGUAAGAGGGGUGUGUCUCAGGGAUCCAGACAUUACCGGGAUCAGUGCCAUGUGCCGGUCCAGGUGCACCUGGAGGCGGUCACGUCGACGGCCUGUCAGCAGGGCGCCACCAACCAGCUCAGGGGUUCGGAGUCAAGCAGCAGCCUCAGCUUAUCAGCGUUCAAUGCAGACUUUGAGUGCAGUGAUUCCACCAGUAGCCCUGAAAACUUUGACAGCACGCAGAGCGUGUAUGGUAGCUCUACUACAUGUCAUAGUGAGGUAACAGGAUGUGACCCUUGUGUGUAUUCAAGACCAGGGGUCGUUCAACAGUAUUGGAAUGUAGGCCCACCGGCACAACUAACACCUUCAUGCUUAAUCAAAGGAAAAGUACAAAAUGCAAAUCGUAAACAGAAUAGCAAAUCAGACAGUGAUGACCCGAAGCGAUCGGGGAGCGAUGCCAACGCCAGCGCCAGCAGCGGUAGUAAUUUCUCGACGCGAGUCAACACGUCGAGAAGAGACGGCAUCCAGCCCUACAAACCUCAGAGCAGUGUAUCAACGGUCACGACACCAGACUCUGUAUCAUCCCAAGUUAGGGGUAAUCAUGUGUGCUCCCCCUCCUCCAAAUCCCCUUCCCCGUCGGAGUCCAAGACGGGCACGCCAAACACCAUCACCCCUCAGACGCAUUAUCCGCAACCCUUGCCCAAAUCAUCAGACUCUAGCCGGCAGCAGACGCCGUGUGCGUGCUGCUGCGGUAACAACGAGGUGUGGGACCAACGGAGCCCCGCGCCGUCACCCGAAGAUAAGACUCCCUCUGGUGGCAAACCUGAGAGAGGGUCGAAGGGUCAUCGGAGGUCAAGUAGAGGGACACCCACCAGGAAACCAAGAGCUCAUCUGACUCUGCCAGUGCAAUCUGUAGCUACUCUCAAGAAUACCCAGGGAACAGUCAUCACUAUGCCUAUCCAAGGGACUUCUCCUUCUGUUUCUGCUGCCAACACAUCACGCAAGGUCAUGGAAGAAAUAGUAUGACCCCUGACCUUUGACCUUGUGCACACCUACCCUUUGUCAACCAGCUAGCCUCUGAUGCAUACACCUAUUAAAGUUAUUAUCGUUUUGCACGUACAUAAGAUUUAAAAAACAGGGUAAAACAAUUCAGUACUUUCACCAUUCCAUGCACCUAAGAUGUAUGUUC